CAAUAGUUGGCUGUACCGAUCUGAACAUUGUCAGUUUCAACCAAUAGGGUUGCAGAUUCUAUACUCUGUUUCACUUCAGCACUCAGAAAUUGAACAUUCCAAAGGCCGGUCUCCUCCUUCUCGGUGUUCUUUGUUGUCGCUCGCCGCACCCAAAUCUUAAAGACACAAAAUGUUGUCCGCCGCCAGAUUGAUCGCCCCUGCCGCCAGGUCUGCUGUCUUCAGCAAUACAGCUUUGGUGCGACCCCUUGCAGCGGUCCCCACACAGAAACAGAUUGUGCCUGUUGCCCCAGCACAACUGUCAGCAGUUCGGUCAUUCCAGACAACCUCGGUUACAAAGGACAUUGACUCUGCUGCUAAAUUCAUUGGUGCUGGUGCAGCGACAGUGGGAGUAGCGGGUUCCGGAGCGGGUAUCGGAACAGUAUUCGGUUCCCUCAUCAUCGGUUACGCCAGGAACCCCUCCCUCAAGCAACAGCUGUUCUCAUACGCCAUCUUGGGCUUCGCCCUGUCUGAGGCUAUGGGUCUCUUCUGUCUUAUGAUGGCCUUCCUGCUGCUGUUCGCUUUCUAAAUCUAAUUACUUAUAAGAACACUACUGCCAUCCCACAUAACGAGGUUUCAGUGUAUACUAUCUGGAGUGGACGGCCAUGGAAUCGAAUGUGUGGAAACCUCACCCUCAUAGUGAUGCAAGGACUGAUGUGUAAAUGUGUUACACUAACCAGUGUGCGUCAUCAGGAAUGCAAUUAUUUAAUUAUGUAGUAUAUAAAAUCUGCAAAUAAAAUGUUGUACGUAAACAUUAUUUGAAUGCUACAGUUAUUUCUGUUCCUGAUUUUUUUGUAGACUGUUAUCUAAAUCAUGUUAAAAUAGGUCUCCUGGAAUAUUAAGCAUGAUUGUUUAAAGUCUUUGAUAAUAUAUAUUUAGCCAGUGAUCGCGUGAAAGCGUGUGAGUAUUCUCAUUGACUUUUACACAGUGUAACUAUUCCAGCUCGAGAAUGUCGACAUCUGUAUUGUACAUUUUAGGGGCGAUUAAAUGAUACAAAUCAUC